AUGCGCGACUUUCCACAUCAUCGUCACCAGGCAUCUUUGGAGAGUAUAUUUCGCGUUUCGUCAAGCCCACCCCUGGAGGCCGCUCAGCGCAAUCAAGCGCACCGCCGCUUUCAAGAAAUCCUCGACCACUACGAAGGCACUGUUCCGCCGAACCGGCAAUACAAACGACCGACAUUGCUUCGCUUAACUUACCACUAUGCUUCCGAGGGCAGAUCGAAAGACAAUGUGCUGCGCGCAUUCUUCGACGCGAUUGGCUUGUCCAUAGAUGAGAAUACUAGUGUUGAUUUAUCCGACAAGGAAACAGAGGAACGCAUCUCCAUCAAGCUGAUUGGAUUCGCCGAUUUUCUAAUUGACAACUUCUUCUUACCACCGAUCGAACAGAGCCGGUCCAGUGAGCCGACAUUCGUCGGCACAUCAGCUCGAUUAAAAACGCUUCGAGGCGACUGUCUUGUGCGCGAUCGACAUCGAUGCGUGAUCUCAAGGAGAUUCGAUCAAGCUGUGGCUGUAAAACGCAUGCAAGCAAAGCCAAACGACGCUCGAGACGAUGACCACAUGCUUCUAGUUGGCGAGUUUGAUUCCCUAGAAGUUGCACACAUUUUACCACAUUCUUUAAUAAAGCCAAAUGCAGAUCUCAUAUUUACAAACGCACAAUCGAACCACCCUCUCCCCGACUUCUUGCAGUGCAUUGCGCUAUCGCUCACAUUCUCCAUCUCUCCGCCGCGGGAGCUCAUAUCGAUCGAAUAUUGGAAGAUACUGCUGGAUCAGGUGUGCAUGCUGAUGGUUCGACAGCGCUUGGGUCUAUGGUACAGCUAA